AUGAAGCCCGAUGACGAGUUUUUCAAGAGGAAAGCUUUAAAUGGUAAGGUUAGAGUUUCUGGGGCAAGUGCCGCCGCGGAAGCCGGAAAACCUUUUCCACCCGCCACUCCGCGCCGUUCCGCAUCGAUAUUCCCCCCCACGACGCAAGCUGCGUCGUCCCCGACCGUCCCCGUGCUUCAGCGAGCUAGUCUCCGCCAAUCCCCGCCUUGGCGUGCGGGGGGGAGUUCCAUCUGCGCGCCCGUAAGCCGUUCCGCGCCCAUCGACCGUAGCGCGUCUGUCGACUGCUGUGCUCCCAUCGACCGUCGCGCGUUCAUCGACCAUUGCGCGCCUGUCUCCCGUUGCGUGUCCGCCGACAAUUGCGUACCCAUUGACCGUUGCGCGCCCAUCGCGGCGAUAGAUCAGCGGAUACACCCGCUGGAGGCGCAGCUGCGUCACCAGAAUCCGUCGCACGCGGGAUUUACGGCGGAAAUAGCGCGAGACGAGCCGGAGCCUCGAGUCGAUGUGCGAAUCAUGCGCGGGGGCGGCACGGCGGUGGUGGUGCGGUUCGGUUCCGAGUCGGGCACGAUCAGCUCGCGAGACAUAAGCGAUUGGACCGUGGAGCACGAUAAUCCUGCACCCUUGCCCUACAUCCCUGGUGCACGAACGUUUUCUAACCCGUCGUGCUCGCAGGGGGAAGCCGCCGCUGCCGCCGUCGACACCCGCUAUGCCGCCGGCGCGGCUGCCCGCGGUGCCGGGUUUUCUGAGUUCCGCGAAUGCGAUUGCGGGCAGGAAGCGUGUCGGGGGAACGCCGGGGGAAGAAACGUCCGGGGGAUGAUGAGAUCUCCGCCUGCGCCUGCGCGGAGUGAGAGCGGAAGCAACUUCGGUGACUGCGACUCCCCCACCUCCGCCACAGAAAAGGCGGCGCUGGCGCGCAAGGGGAGCAGCGGAAAGCAGAAACGAGUGGGCGGAAAGGCUGCUAGGGUUGGUUGGGUGGACAAGGAGGGAACGCGGAAGUGGCGGAAGCAGGGGGCUGACGUGGCGUCCGAUGGUGGUGGUGCUGAUGGCGAGAAAAAUCAUCAAGUUCAGUUUGCUGGGGCUCUGGGUUAUCUUGGGCAGCAGGGGGCGGAUAGCUUGGUAACCAGUCAUGGGUUACCGUUACCCCCCCUGACGGCGGAUCAAGAAAGGGAUGCUGUGUGUGGUGCUGAUGGUCGGUGUAACGGGGAGAGUGUGAGUGAUAGUGCAGAGGAAGAUGAUGACUCCUGCGAUGAUGCUAUGUCUGCAUACUCCGCAUGCUGUGAGGUGCAGAGAGAGGAGUAUAAGGAGCUGAUAACUACUGAUGUGGCUUCAAAUGCUCUUGCUGGUGGUGGUGGUUGCGUGUGCUGUAGGGAAUCGCCUGAAGAGCUUAGUGAGGAAGCUAUUAGAGCGUUGCGCCCAGAUGCUCUGCUGGACUACAUGUCCUCCAGAUGCCUAGCCUUUGUUUAG